GCGGAGAUUCACAAGUUUCAUUGGAUUACAAUCAAUUACAAUAUUAAAAUGGACAGUAGCAUUUAUACUGCAGUACCUUGGGACACCACCACUAACCGGAGAUCUACAUUGACAGGUUUAGAAGGAGACUUGAUGCUGGAACAGGAACUUGUCAAGGACGAGAAGGCUGUUUCUUCAUCACUUUCCAGAUCUUCAGGCCCUGGUAACCCCUUGUUCGACUCUCAGGGUUAUGCUGUCGCCAGUGCUUCCAACAGUCAUGACCAAUAUGGUGCUUCAACCAGCGUAUCAGUCACCAGUAUCACUGCUGCUAUCACUGCUGCUUCAAACUCUCUUUCCGUUGUCAUUUCUGAUCCUCAAAAACAUGGCGAAGGCUCGUCUGCCUUUGUGUCGUAUUUGGUUUCUACUCGCACUUGUUUGCCUGCAUUUAAAUCUCAAUCUUCCUCUGUUCGUCGCAGAUUUCAAGAUUUUACUGCCUUGCAGAAACUAUUGUCUGAUACUCACUCUGCUUGCAUCAUUCCUCCUUUACCUGAAAAACAUCGCAUGGAAUAUAUUACUGGUGAUCGCUUUAGCUCGGAAUUCGUCGAAAAACGUCGCAUUUCCUUACAGGCUUAUAUCGAUCGUAUUGCUCGUCAUCCUAUUUUGCAACAGUCACCUCACGUUCAACGUUUUCUGGAAGCUGAGCAAAUGUCAAGCUACGAUCACCCAAGGCGAGAAUCUCAUGUGUUUGAAAACUUGGGUGAUGUGUUUUUGAAUGCAUUUUCAAAAGUACGUAAACCCGACGAACGCUUUGUAGAUAUUAAAGAAGCUGUCGAAAAAUUCGAACAGAAUUUGAUCAAUGUGGAAAAGUUGCAUUCACGUCUAUUAAAGCAUCAAACAGGUCUUGCCGCCGAUUAUCUCGAAUUUGGAAGCUCCAUUACCUCGUUGGGUAUGAUGGAGACUCAAGUUUCUCAACCACUCAGUAAUUUUGGAAAUCGAGCUCCCAUUUUCAGUCAAGCAUUGACUGAAAAGACUGUAGCCGAAGAACAAUACUAUGUCAACAAACUACGCGAAUAUAUUUCAUACUGUCAAUCUGUCAAAGAUGUGCUCAAGGCUCGCGACCAGAAGCAGGUCGAACAUGAAGAAUUAACCAAUUGGCUGUUGAGUCACCAAGUCGAUCGUGAUCGUACUAUGAGUACUGGAAAAAGUCCUGGAAUCACAGGGUUUUUCAAGGAUAAAAUUAAUGAUCUCAAGGGUGUGGAUCCCGAAAAAGCCAGACAGAUUCGACUGGUGAAACUGGAUGCCAAAAUUGAAGAGCUGAAGGAUGCUGUGGGUCAAAGUAGCAUCACUGCCGAAGCCUUUUCAAAACAAGUUGUAAGAGAAAUCGACGGGUUUCAAGCCGUCAAGAUACAGGAUUUUAACAAGCACUUGCAAGAUUAUAUUGAUGCGCAGUUGGUAUACCAUGAAAAGAGCAUGGCUUUCUGGGAAGACAUGGUUCCUAUUGCAGAUACAGUAUCUCUUGAAGAACCGCAUCAAUCCACAUCAGCUGAUGGGUCAUAAAUGUCGGCCAUUUGGCAAUUCUCCUUAAACUUUACCUUGCUCUUUUUAUCUUCUGAUUAUUAAAAUGAAUGUGCUUAUUAGUGCAUUAUUGUUUUAUAUAAAUAGAGACUGUUAAACUAGUAUUUGAAACC